UUUGUAGAUUUUCAACAACAAAAGUUGUUAACUUGGGUUGAACGCUUCAGUAUCAUAGGUGGAAUUGUUCGAGGACUUCUUUAUUUGCAUGAACAUUCUCGACUCAAAGUUAUACAUCGGGAUCUCAAACCUAGCAAUAUUCUAUUAGACGAAAAUAUGAUUCCUAAAAUUUCAGAUUUUGGUUUGGCUCGAAUUAUUGAAAUAAGUCAAGAUGAGGGAAGUACAGAUAGAAUUGUUGGAACAUUUAUUUAUAUGUCUCCGGAAUAUGUAAUGUUUGGACAAUUUUCUGAAAAUUCCGACAUUUAUAGUUUUGGAGUUAUGCUUUUAGAGAUUAUUGCUGAAAAGAAGAAUAAAAGUUCGUUUACUCCACAUCAUGUUGCUGAUGGCCUCUUAAAUCAUGUAUGGAGACGGUGGAUGGAGGAAACACCUUUAAGUAUACUGGAUCCAAAUAUUGAAGAAGAUUAUUCUACAAAUGAAGUCAUUAAGUGCAUUCAGAUUGGUCUAUUAUGUGUUCAAAAUGACCCGGAUGCUAGACCUUCGAUCGUGACAGUUGCUUCUUAUCUUAGCAUUUAUGCAGUUGAAUUACCAACUCCACCAGAACCUGCGUUUUUCUUGCAUGGUAGAGGGAUUCAAACGUUCUUGCACAAGAAUCUAGUUCUACUCAAUCUGCCCAUAGUUCUGCAUUAUUUUCAAACAAUCAAAUGUCGGCAAGUAAAUUUUAUGAAAAGGAUUUAG